AUGCAGUUCGAGGUUUCUCUGGCCCUCUUGUCCUCUGCCGUCGUUGCCUUCGCGGUUCCCAACCCGCAGGCAGACACGACCAUCACCACUGACGCCGCUAAUCAGACUCCCCGCACGUUCACUAUGGCGCGCGUCAGGAACACUGCCAUGACACACGCACCCUACUUGACGCAGACGACGGAGUUCGUCACCUACACCCAGUCCGCUCCGGUCCCGACUAGUAGCUCCGCCUAA